GUGCCUUUAAGAGGGCCGUCUCCUCUUUCCCUCAUGCUCCCCCUCAACUAUACGGACACUCCUCCUGUGAGCAUUUGUGAGGCAGCUCCUGUCCCUUAUGUCUCUUUGUGAGAAAGAGAACAGGCUUCCCAGAGCAUCACUGAAGACAAGACUGAACUCUAGGGACGACACCCCGGUAGCAGACCUCUGCGCACCUGGCCUUGGCUACAGCGGAUGCCAGAAGGGGUAUAAAGACAGGAGAUCCAGAACUACUUCAGAUGGAGUAAAGAAGUCUGAGGAGGUGGAACUUAAAAGCUGAUCAAUUCAAGAGGUCAGUUUUGGGUUGAAGGUGAGACGAUCAGUCAAGCAAAAAUUGGACUAGGUCGCUGAGAAAAAGGUGGGGUCCUAAUUUCAGCUUUCAGUCUCUUUUUUGCAGUUAGAAAACUUUUUUCAAAGAAGGCUGGAACAAAGCAUUCUGUAUCUUUUGCAGCUUUUAGAUAACACCACUAUCAGAAAAACACAAAAGGAAGGAAAGAAGAUAAUUUAGCUAUUUUUUUGGGGAUUUUUUUUUUAAUCUCUCUAGAGCACUUUGGUAUGAAAAUGAGAUGCUCUUUAAAGAAUCUUUUGGAAAGUCCCCACAGUACUCUGAAUUCACCAGCCAGGCGUUUAUCUUAUUUCUCCAGCUUUUUCUAAAAGGGGACAUUAAAGACUUUGUUGAUAGUGCCUCUGGAGAGUCAGUAAAAUUUCUUCUUGAAGUCUUAAAACUUUGCAGCUGUUGACUGGAGGAAACGAAAAGCGGGAAAUGUAAAAAAAAAAAAAAAAAAUCAUGUUGUGUUGUAUUUAAUGUGGGAAGAGUGAGUCUGUGGAGUGACACUGUAGUGAGGAUUUAGAGGACUGCAGAAAUGUUCACAGGGUGUGGAGUGGUCGGUGGCCAGAACCAGUGUCUGACCUUUAACAAUGUCAAGCCCCAACUAGUGCACGAGGUAAACAGAUCAAUUCAAGUUGAGAAAGGAGUAAACCAUGGGAUGUUUCCCAUCAACCAGGGUCAAGCACAUGCAAAUGCUGUAAUGCAGCCAGCACUGGUUAACAGUGAUUUAAACCUUCUGAAACCUACACCACAACCAGUACUUCCCCCACCACCUAAAUUGGGGCAAGACGGAUUCAGGAAAGUUUGCCGCACCGAGGAGGACAGUCCUUCCCCAUUCCCUGGUUUGCCUCCUGGAGUGCUGGAGAUGCGAGUGAAAGAGGGAAGCAAGAUCCGCAACUUAAUGGGAUUUGCUAUGGCACGGAUGCAGGGAGAGAAAGGAGGAAGUGAGGGCGGUGUCAGCAGUGCUGGGCUUCGGCAGGUCGUCUUCACUGGAUCAGGUCGAGCGGUCACCAAGACCAUCACCUGUGCUGAGAUCAUGAAGCGCAAAGUGGGACGCCUGCACCAGCUGACCAAACUGCGGUACAAAGUGAUAAAAGAAGUAUGGGAAAGUGCUGAAGGGGGCACAUCUGAAAUGACACUGCACAGGACAGUACCCUCAAUCAGCAUCCUUCUUUCUAAAGACCCGCUGGAUCCCCAGGAACCAGGCUAUCAGCCCCCAGAAGCUGUCAGUGCUUUGUGGGAGGGCACGGGUGCUGAGGCUGCACAAACAACAUGCAAGAGACCUCUUGGACCUUUGCCAUACAGCAGUUUCUCUCACUGUAAGAAACUGUGUUUGGGGGAAGGCGUCCCCGUCCUCCCUCCUCACUGACUGGCGUGAACCUCUGUCACAGGAGAGAGGAUGGAAUCGCUAGAGUUCAUUUGCCACCGCAUUCCUCUUCUGCACAACGCUGAGACAAUCAGAACAUUAACACAGUCAGAACAGUGUUUUCCAAGAAGAACCGAGUACCAAUUCAGGCCUCCAGGGGUCAGUUUAACCGGGUCUGAACUGCUUUCCUCUGUGUAUAUAAAGCAUUUAAAGGACAUCUUUUAUGAUUCUUCUCAUGGACCAACCUGUGAUGAUGUGUGCAACUGCUCUGUGAUUGAUUCCCCAAAAUAAUGCUUUCUAUUUCCCCAUGACAAAAUCAAAAGAAAGCUAUGAAAGACAAUGUGUUGCACAAAUUGCAGAUUUUCUUUCUUGUAGACAAAAUCUUUUAAUGUUAUUUUAAACUAGUAUUUAUUUGUUAAUGACUUUUAGUCUCUAAAACUGCACCACACAGAUUUAACAACUUUAAAUAAAAACAGCUUGAAUCCACUGAUGCAAUACCUUUUAGCCUAUGUUUCUUCUUAUUAACACAGAACAAAAGAAAAAACAAAUAAACUUUUUUUUCUUUCCAAUGGAAAUAUCUUUUGUAUUUAAUCUUUCCAACUCACACCACUGGAUCUGCAAAGCUCUGAUGGAACAAAAAAGAAAAAGAAAAAAAAAAAAGAAAUCAUAGUGUGCUGAUCUAUUGAUAUGAA